AUGCACAAUUCCAGUCAAUACAAGCAACACAAUCAAAAGGAGGAACAAACCAAUAUGGCUGCCGCCAAGACUAGGUAUCAAGAAUUGUUUACGGUUAUAUAUUUGAACGUUGUUGAACAUAGCCCAAUAUUUGCCCUUGAGAUUGGGGUUCGUUAUCAUUUUCCAAAUGUAGCGUUACAAAUGUUCAGCGACCUCCCUGUUGAAUUACUGCAAUGUAUUUUUAUGUUACUCUCUCCUUGUACUGAUUUACUUACAGUACUCAAUGUCUGCAGACGGUGGAGAGAGGUUGGUCAGAGCGUCUUCAAGCUGCGUGAAAGUCUUAGUCUAUCUGCAUUUAAAAUGCAGAGGCCAUUGCAAUGGGUAUCUCCACAGCUAGCUACCUGUACAGAACGUUUCAAACACACAUCUCCAUCCAAGAGGUUUGGAGCAACCAUCAUAUUGAAAGAGCAUUUACUGUAUGUUUUUGGUGGUGCUACGAAGGAACUAACAGCUUUUAAUGAUUUAUGGACCUAUGAUUUAUCCACCUUCAGCUGGCAGCGUCUAAUUGGUAAAGGUGAGCUACCAACACCAAGAGCACAUUCUAAAGGUGGUUUUAUUGGAAAUCUACUUUAUCUGUACGGAGGUUGUCAAAGCUUUCAUAGAGCGGGAUCGGAACAUACGGGCCGUAUGGAUUGGUUAACUGAGUUGAAUAGUUUUGAUAUUUCGACAAUGCAUUGGUCACGUAUGCCGUUAUACGAAGUAAACCACUUAAGUCCUGUAUCACCACCUGCAAUUGCCGGCCAGUCUGGAUGCUUUCUCCCUAAAGGUGGAAUAGGCGAACCUAGUGUAUUGGUUUUAUUCGGAGGAAUGUGCCAAUCUCUUGGAUUGUGCGUUAACUACUUAUUUGUGAUAUCGCCGGAAAAUGGUUGUUGGAUUUCACUUUCUGAUACAACGGAUAAUUGUCAAGGUGACUGGCCAUCUGGGCGCUGUGGUCAUUCAACUUGCGCUCUUGAUUCAAAUAGAAUGCUUUUGUUAUUUGGGAAUUUGGAAUCACCUUUGGCCACUGAUCAUUCUGUGCGUCGACAACAAGGAAUGUCAGUUAAUCCUACUUCGAGUAAUGAUCCUGAAUCAACUUCUAGUACACUUAACUAUCAUGGUCGACCGGCGAGAGAUGUAUGGAUACUUACACGUUGUUCACCAAGUAUUGGUCAAGAAUGGUUUGAAGUCGAUUGGUUCUGGACCAAAGUUCAAUGUUCUGAGGGUAUCCCUGGAUGCCCACCGAUAGACUUUUAUCAUGCAACCGCAGUUUCACUUCCAUAUCGUGAAGACAGUAAGUCACUGUUGUUGACAAAGGACAGUAAUUUUAUUUCUGUACCGAGUGACAACGUUGGUACAAACAACUCAAUUGUACACAAUGUCUAUACUGUUGUUGUCAUCAGUCAACCUACCACAGCAUUGCUGGAUGAGGCAGCUAAACAGCGCAGAUAUUGGCAUCGCAUGAAACUCAACUCCGAGUUAAACAGUGUAACUUUUCAAAAUAAUUCGGUAGGUCAAGAUUCUCGUACGUCAGAUGAUGAUGUCAAUGACGAGGAUGAGGAGCAGCGUAAACAUUGUCAUUCAGCUGAUAUCACUGAUCGUGAAUCGACUGGGAUUUUGCAACUUCCGUCAUCUAGGCGUGCAAAUAACAGACGUGCACGAAGACUUGAAGCUUUAGCUAUUCAAGAACGAAGGCUGUUUGGAACACGUAACCUGAUCCCUAAUGAAGUUAAUACAUCAUCACUUGCUCGAUCAUUUUCAUCAAAUCAAAGUUCAUCCAAUCAUAACCAGUAUCCUUCUAACCACGUAAAACUUGAAUGUGCUUAUCGUCCCUUGGCUCUGUAUACACUCAACAUUAUAUACUCUCAUUCUGAUGCAUCAUAUAGUUCUGAAACUAAAAUUCACUUCACAGAAAAUAAAGCUAAAGGUGUUUGGUUGGCGCCUGUCAAACAAAAUUAUCUAGAUCUUUAUUCCGCACCACCUGAAUGCUUAGGUUUUUCAUGUGCUUUUGGUCAUGGCUGUUUAUUUCUUUUUGGUGGUUUGACUGACUCAGAUGAUAUUAGACCAAAUGAAAAUAUGAAUACAUUUCACCCAUUAGUUAAUGGAUCGCAAAAUCGUAAUGAUAAUGAUCUAUAUCAACGACACAAUAAUUCAUCAACCUUACAAUCGUCCAGGUCUUCAGUAUUAAAUGAAUCUCUUACACAAGGACAUCUUGUUUCUUGUGUAAAUCAUUCACCAGAUGCAAUUUAUCCCAAUCCUUUAGGUACCGCUCAGUUUUUCGUUCUUCGUGCACGUGCACUCGCUGGCACUAUAAUUUAA